UGUGUAACCGUAAAAAGCGCAAACUGAAACUGAAAGUGUGUGAAGUGACUGAAGGGGUGGAGAGAAAGAAGGAGAAGAGCGGCAAAAGACGGGAAGGGAGAGGGAAAGACAAAGGAGAUCACUCUGUACCACAGCAAUCACGCCAAGAUGCUGUGCCUCCAGGAUCAGGAUGCUCUCAUCCCUCGCCCUCGAGGGGCUUUGCCUAAGGUGUGUGCUGCAGCGCUGGCUGCCGUAACAAUAGGAAGUGUCGUGUUUUUGUCUCCCCAAAGGUUAUUUGGCUGGGUUGCAAUGGUGAUACUCAUCCUGACGCUUGGACCUCUGCUGCACGGGCUCUGCCUGCUAGCAGAAGAGAUGCUGAACCAUUCAAACACGAGGCAUAGAGGCCGAGGGCUGCUGAACCACAUGCUGCCAGCGUGUGGUUUGGGGGGAAAGACGCUGCUGGCUGCAGGGCUGGCCGGUCUCCUACUCUACCUGGUCGGACAUCCUCUUCGACACGAAGGCCAGUGCUGGAAACUCCUCUUCUUGUCCUCGGUUCUUUACCCCCUGUUCAAAAGCCUGGGAGUUCUGGGUCCGUCAGAGGUGGAGGUGUCGGACAUCUGUGAGGGGAGGAAGAUGAACGUGGCCCACGGCCUGGCCUGGUCCUUCUACCUGGGAUACCUGCGACUAGUGCUGCCCCGUUUGGAGGACUCCAUCACAGCGUUUCGUGCCACCCAUCAGUCCAGCACCUUCUGGGGUCGGGGCAACAGGAAGCUCCUCAUCCUCAUACCGCUCAACGCCAACAUUUCUCACAAGCUGGAGGACGAGGACGACAGCAUCCAUUUCUAUGACAACCUCCCCAACAAUGAGAUAGACAGGGCAGGAGUCCGGGGGCGGGUCUACAAGCACAGCGUCUACAGAGUACAGGACGAGGAUGGGAAGGGCUAUAACUGUGCGGUGGAGUACGCUACGCCUCUGCUGACACUUUACAACAUGUCCCAGGAGAGCAGGGCCGGUUUCGGGGAGCCUGAGCGCCGACAGCAGGUUCUGCUCUUCUACACAACCCUGCAGGACAUUCUGGAGAACUCGCUGGAGUGUCGCAACCGCUACAAACUCAUCUUACUCAACGACGAGCAUGAGGACGACCCUCACUUUCUGUCCAAAGCCAUCCUCAGACACCUCCAGCAGCAGGAGAAAGAGGAGUUCUGCCUCUCCCCGCCUCCUCACCAGGAGGUGGUUCACCCGUCAGCGAACGCUUCAACCGACUCGCCCAGAUGUGCUGCAGCCAAUAACGUGUGGUGCUGCUCUGAUCCGAUGAGCAGGGAGCCCACGCUCAUGUUCAGCCUGGACAAACCUCAACCUCUGAGGCAACCGGUGGAGAACACCGACAAUUAUCAGGGAUUCAUGUAAACACACACACACACACACACACACACACUCUGUCACGCCGUAUGUUUACACAUCAAAGCUGACAGGUUGGUUAAGAUAAAAUCUUUAAUUUGAGGUUUUCUACAAAUAACAGAGACAAUAGAGACUCGCUACAGUUGUAAUUGUGAAAACACAGAUAAAUACAGGUGCUCUGUUGGCUCACCUGACAGCGUGUGAGCUCCAUGUAUAAAAGGCUGAAUCUUUACCAAAGUGGCCUGGGACCAAGACCCUUUCCUGCAUGUUGUCCCCUCUCUUUAUCCACUUUCCUGUCUCUCUGCAGAUUUUCUGUCCAAUAAAGGUAAAAAAAUAUGAAUAUGUACUGUAAAGGAAAUGCCUCAUAUAGGAAAACUGACAUUUCUCUAAGACUUUGUAGAAAUAAUUCUGUGGUAGUCGCUCUAUUUCCACUGCAGGACGACAUGGAUCGAGACUGUUGAUGGUUGCUGUCUUUGUACGCCUCUCCUUUUUUUGUAUCACUCCUGUCUGUGUCUUAAAUCUACACUUGAAAUAAAGCACAUAUGUAGAUG